AACUGUUACUCUAGCUAUGAUGGAAAAUGUCAUAAGGGUUUCCAAUUUUUGGCUCAAAUUGUGAAUUUAAAAAAAUUCAGUGUAUUUCUGUUUAAUUACAUUUAAACACACAGCGCCUUUUCAUCUCAUACGAUUCUGCAUUCUCAAACAGCUGUGUUUUUUAGAAACCAUGUGACUGGAGGCAGGUGUCCCAGUAAGGCCACUAUCAAAGGCAAAACCGUGGUGGUGACGGGGGCAAACACCGGCAUCGGCAAAGAGACAGCCAGAGAACUGGCCAAGAGAGGGGGUCGCAUCAUAAUGGGAUGUCGGGAUAUGGAGAAAUGCGAAGCCGCUGCCAAGGAAAUUCGUGGGAGCACCCUGAAUCCACAUGUUUAUGCCUGUCGCCUCGACCUGGCCUCGAUGAAGUCUAUCCGAGAGUUCGCCGACAGAAUCAAUGAGAAGGAGAAGAGAGUGGAUGUUUUGAUAAACAACGCGGGGAUCAUGAGAUGUCCAGCGUGGAAGACAGAGGACGGCUUCGACAUGCAGUUUGGAGUGAAUCACUUAGGCCACUUCUUGCUGACAAAUCUCCUGCUGGAUAAGUUGAAAGAGUCCGCCCCCAGCAGAGUGAUCAACUUAUCUUCGCUCGCCCACAUUGUUGGAAAGUUGGACUUUGACGACCUGAACUGGGAGAAGAAGAAGUUUGAUACCAAGCAAGCAUACUGUCAGAGCAAGCUGGCCAAUGUUCUGUUUACCAGAGAGCUGGCCAGGCGGUUAGAAGGUUCUGGGGUCUCUGUCAAUGCCCUGCAUCCGGGUAUCGUUGCCACAGAGCUGGGGAGACACACUGGCCUACACCAAUCUCAGUUCUCCAGUUCAGUGCUCAGCCCCUUCUUCACCAUGUUGGUGAAGAGUCCGGAGAUGGGAGCUCAGCCCAGCGUCUACUUGGCAGUAGCCGAGGAGAUGGAAGGUGUGACGGGAAGAUACUACGAUGUGAUGGUGGAAAAAGAACCAGCGCCACAGGCUCUUGACCAGGAGGUUGCCCACAGAUUGUGGGAGGUCAGCAGCAGACUGGUGGGUCUGGAAAGCCAGGGCAGCCAGUCAAAGCCUUCAGGACAGACCCCACACAAAGUAGAGCAGAUAGAGGGACACAAAACCGCUGUGGACAUUCAUGGUGGAAAGUGAACGACUUUUCAACAACAAAACUGAAAAUGUGUGGAAGCCAGGCAGCGGCUUGUUUGAGAGACACUUUGACGAUGGCAGCCACAGGAGCUUGAAACGUGGGAAUGCAAUUGUUCAUCAUGAUCUCUUAAUGUUUCGGUAUGGAUAUGGAUGUUUCAUGUGUGACAUCUAGUGGGCUCCCUUAAAAAUGCAAUCACUCAGCUUUGUGUCCUCAACAGCCUCCAAGUCACUUUCUUUGUAAAAUUCAUGAAGUUGAAACCACGUCAACACGGCUGUCAUGUCAAAUCUAUAGGUAUUGUGGGUUGGCUCACGUCUGGGUGACAGCGGGUUGAUAAAGUUCAGGAUGCUGCUCAGGUAACCAUCA